GGUAUCGCAUCGUAUAGACCGGCCAGUUAGCUUUGUCCACAUUUGCAGGCAUCUUGAAUCGGUAGAGGAUAACGGUUUGAACGAAGGAAGGUGUUAAGAAGUCUAACAACCAGCGGGCAAGGGGUUAAGGCGUAUAUUGGGAGAAUGUAUUGACGGAGCCGUAGAGAUGUAAAGAUGUUUAAGGGGGAUUUUCUUGUGAAUCGGGAUGAUUGAUGGAGGGAGUAAAAGCUGAAGGUUGCAAUGAUUUAUAUACAAACUCCAAGCCGGGGGUGGCCCUUCCUGUUUGUUUCAUACAUUACUUCUCUCAUCUCUUCUGAAUGUUCGCAGGUAAAGGCGCUUGGGUAAACUGAGUGAUAUUUGGGAUAUAACCGUUCAGAGCGGUAUGAUUAAAGAAGAUCGCUCCUGGCUAUUCGGAAUUUGGCGGGCAAGGGCCAUGAGAAGCGUCCAGCAGCAAGAACCGCUUUCAAGCAAACUUUACAGCAAUUAACAGCGAAUCAUAUAUGCUUUGUUGGUUGGCAUCCCCGCUGAGAUACCCAAAAUCUCACGGCAACAAAGGCUCGAUAUUAGCCAUUGGGGUCCUUGACGGGUGUUGUUUUGAGGUUCAGGGGCUAUUUAACCAAUGAUAUUCCUGUGAUUGAAUAACUUGGGAGCCUGGUGGCUAGCAUGGGAGAGGAUUGGGUGGGGAGAGCAGGAUUGAAGUCCUGGGAUGCAUGUGAAUUGAAGCUGUCUGUAUCAUGAAUGAACUUGAAAGGAUGCUUUCAAUGAAAAAUGGUUGAGUAGUGGUCACUAAGGGGCAUUCCCUUUGUAAAAUACAGCUAUAACAUAACUAGAAGAAAGGAGGUGUAGUAAGCGGUAGUUAACUUAAGUUUCUCGUAAUUGGUUGAAUAAGCAGGCUGGAUACAAAUGCGGAUUACGGAAAUUCCCAAUCUUUUUAUUAUUUUAUUUUUCAUUUUUGGGUUGGAAAGCGGCCCGCUGCCUAACUUAUAACUAUAUUAGACUCGAGCCCUCGAAAAUUUUCCGAUUCAGAAUUUGAUUUUUAUCUGUAUGCUACGGCUAAAUUAUUCAUCCCUAGAAACCUCCAACACCAUACAUUGACCCAGCAAUGGAACCAACACUGCAACCGAAGCAGUAUCCUGUAAAGAAACAUCAAGCUUCUGACUCACCUGGUUGGGACACAACACUUUUUCAGGGUAGCGAAUGCGAGUUUCUGCAUGAGUAUACUGAUGAAGGCCUAUGUCCUGUUUUGAUUGAUGAUUUGCUUGGUGGCUCAGACUUGAUUCAUAAAGGAAAGCUGUGUUCUUUCAGGAUCAUUGGAAAGCUGGGAAGAGGAUCUUAUUCUACUGUUUGGUUGGGAAGAGACAUCAAUUCUGGCGAAUACCUUGCCCUCAAAAUUCUACGACUUGAGUAUAGCACUCCAGACAACUCUGAGAUGAGUAUUCUACAGAAGCUUGGAAAACUUGAGGUUGCCUUUUUCCACACUCAUGUCCCCACACAAGAUCAAUUUCUCUGUCUUGGCCUAAAGCCACUUGGGUGUACUCUUCGGGAGAGGUUUAAUGCUGAAGUUGAUGCACCUGGUGAUGUUCCUUCUCUCACCAUAUUAGUGAGGACGAUCUUGAUGAAGGUGCUUACUUUUCAUCAGAAGGGAAUAUGCCAUGGUGACAUUAGCCCCAAUAAUAUUUCUCUAGGGGUACAUCCUGAAGCUUUUACCAAUGAAGCAUUGGUCAAAACUUUUGAGUUUGAUCAAAAAUCUUAUGUUAUACUCCGGAAUGUUUCAGAUUUGGACACACCGCCUCCACGCCCAGGUAAUCUGCCUGAGUAUAUCAUUCUCCGUUAUGGGACUCCUCUUAAAACAGAUGCACAAGAUAUGUCACUAGUUGAUAUAAUUGAUUUUGGCAAAGGGUUUGACACACCUUCAAAAUCAAAUGUCCUCGGGACAGAAAACUACUGUGCCCCAGAGCUGGAGCAUAGUGGUGCAAAUACUGCAACUGCGAAGUCUGACCUUUGGAGUCUAGGCUGUGUGUUCGCGUAUAUACCAACCUACCAGCAUCUAUUUGACAGGAAAAAUGACCUAACAUAUUAUCUCGCCGCCAACCACGAGGCACAGAUCUCAUACAUUGAGUCUCGGCUUUCGAUGAGCCACCUGAAAGACGAGCCAGAAUAUUGCCAUUCACUUGCGCGGCUCAUACAUUCUUUAGUACGAGUCGACCCAAAAGAACGUGAUCCGGAAGCCGCCAAGAGAAUACUUAAAAAUCUUGAAGCCUGGAGCCCCCAUAAAUAGCAGAAAUUCCCAUUUUAUGGUGUUGGAUAUAAAAAAAUGAGAUCAUCUUUGAUCUUACAGCGUGCUGCCACCCACUGAAUUUGCUUCGAUUCCCCUCGUUUGGUCUUUUGUUUGCUUCUCAUGUUUCAUUCCGGCUCUUCCCCCUCAUUUCUUUAUCUCUCUGCUUCUGUUUUUCUUCGAUUGACAAUAUGAGAGCGUACACAUGAUGACUGUUUAAUUGGUCAUGCUACAGGUCCUGUUUUGAAUAUUCUCGCUUUUCGUACUGUAAUGAAACAACCGAACUGCAAAAUUUACAGACCUCUUGACUGUCCUUUACAAGUAGUGUUCUCAGUAGUAUUCUAGAGAAUAGAGGAAAUCUGGUAUGAAUAUUCUAAAGAAUAGGGGGUAUUUUACCUAGGAGUGAUAUCUAGCAUGACCAGACCAUG